AUGUGCGUACCAACGACGAUACCACACGUAGUAGAAGGCGACGAGGCGGACCUGGAAUCCAAUAAGCCCACACUGCUGGCGGAGCUUCGCUUGGAUCAUCUCUCAGAAGACAUUACGAUUUCAUCCUGGACGCCUUGGACGACCAAGAAACCCGCAACUGUAGAACAUAACCCGCUACGCAAAGCCCUGAGAGAAGCUCUCGAAGCACUGCCGCCAGGGACACUUGGUUCUUUCAAUGUACCCCACCUCACGGUCCACCUGCUACUCUCUACUUUCCCAGAGUCUUACUCAAUAUACAAACCGCUGCUCCUAUUACCAAGCAACUCCAUCAGCCAAACCUGGAGCACACUUCUGUCAGAGCAUGUAGAGCUCCUCCAACCAAUAUGGCAACGCAUCGCUGCAGCUCUGCAAUGCACACACAUCGCCCUCAACUCGCCCAUCCCCCCAUCCAAUACGCCUGGAUCCGCCCACGGCAACGACGACUCAAACAUCCUCCGCAGUCCCGUCCAUCUGACGCCCAUCUACGGCUCCUUCGGCCCGCCCCCAACGCUCCAGACCCUCAGCUCGCCGACACCUUCAGACUUCGGCAACACCCUCUGGGUCCGCACGACCCAGAACGGCAUCCACCAAACCUGGGCUCCGCUGUACACCAUGUUCAGCCGGGGCAACGUGAAAGAAAAAGCCCGCAUCCUGCACCUUCCCUCUGUCACUUCCCUCGCCACGACAGAGCAGAACGCGACGGCGGUGGACAUGUACGCUGGGAUUGGCUACUUCUCCUUCUCCUACCGCAAAUCCGGACUCAGCCGCAUUCUAUGCUGGGAGCUGAAUCCCUGGAGCGUAGAAGGGUUACGUCAGGGCGCGGCGCUGAACGGCUGGUCGAGUCGGAUUUUCACGCCCGCCGAGGUUCCGCAGGAAAGCGCGGCUGAGGCCGAGUGGGAAGCGUGGCGGCGCGGUGUUGCAGGCCGGAGUGAGGAUUUCUGGAUCUUCCAGAUGAGCAACGCGACGGCGCAGCUCAUAUUACAGUGUCUGAGGAACGACGUGCCUCCUAUUCGCCAUGUCAAUCUUGGCCUGCUGCCGGCCUCGAGACUGAGCUGGCCGUCUGCAGUGCGUGCCCUGGACAAAGAGUGUGGAGGCUGGAUACACGCGCAUGAGAACGUUGGCCUGCACGAGAUGGACAAGCGCAAGGUGGAGGUCGGAACGGAAUUUCAGAGGCUGGUCAACGAAUACAGUGAGUCGUUGGGAGAUGAUGCAAAACACCAGAAGAAGAAGGUGCAAGUUGGGCACGUAGAACGAGUGAAGAUGUAUGCGCCAGGUGUUGUGCAUGCAGUAUUCGAUGUGUACGUUCCAGAGACAGGCACCGAGAUGGAUGUUUAG